CGCCAAUACAUCAUUCACCUUCGACUUAAUGCGGCUUCUUGACAUCGUGGAUUAAUUAAAAGACCCAGGUUAGAUCUAGAUCUAGUUCUUAAAUCUGGCAACAUGGGAGACGACCUCGAGGAGCGUUUAAAGAGCCAUGCUCGAGCAUUUGAGGGCCUGAUGUCUUUAAUCCCAGCAAAAGAAUACUACGGAAAGGAUGCGAGCAUUACCAGCGAGCAAUGGCGGAAAACGAAGAAACAGACCAAGGAGGAAUGGCAAGCUGCCAAACGAGCCAAGCUAGAUCCUGCUUCACACAAGACCGCCAAAGAUGUCCUAGAUGAGAACGCUCGAAAACGAAAGCGCGAGCUGGAAGGCGAAGAGUCGUCGGAUAUUGACAUGGACGUCCAGAAAGAGAAGCCUCUUGAAGGACUAAAGGCGGCUACAAGUCAAAAAAAGAAGCAAAAGACUGGUGGAGACGCAGGUGUGCAGAUUGACGCGGGUAUGUCGGGGCCUGGUGGCGAUGGUGGUGCUACGUUAGGUUCCCGAGUAAAGGCCAAGGCCGAUAAGAGAAAACAGAGGCUCGAGAAGAGAAAGAAGAAGUUAUCGGAAAGGCAGCAGAAAAUGGAAGUUGAGAAGGCUCAGCAAGAGGAGCUCAGCGCAGGUUUGGGUGAUGAUAAGUGUGCCGACGAGGAAGCCGAGGGAGAAGGCGCACAUAUGGGAGACGAGCAUGGCGGCGACCGAAUCCAAGCCAUAGAUGUCAGUGGAAUCACCGAGGACAUACCAUCUACAGGAACUUCGUCUACCGGCUCCAACGCUUCGGCAACAUCUGUAGUUUCAGCAGCAUCAUCAACAACAUCCAUAAUACCACCUUCCACUGCAAAUCCCGCAGAGGACAAGAAGGACAAGAGGCCUUUUAAAUGGGACCCGGCGAAACACGAAGCAUUUCAAAACCGAUUGACUUUAAAGCUGGAGGCAAUGCGGGCAGCAAGGAAAGCAGAUGGGCCUGAUGGACGACCUGCAAGGAAUCGAGCAGAACUCAUCGAAGCAAGGAGGAAGAAAGAGGCGGAGCGGAAGGCAUCAAAGAAGGCCAGUCGUCAGGUUGCUAAAGAAGAUGAAGCACGCGUGAAAGCAGAGGCUGAACUCGCACGACUUCGAGGAUCGGGCUCGCCCUCAUUGUUCCCCAUGCGUACAACACCAGAACAAGAACACAAUCUCGCCUUUGGUAGAGUUGCUUGGAAGGAUGGACAGCAGCUUGAUAGCAGCCUCUCAGGAUUCAUUGAGUCUCGAAAGCGGAAAGGACCUUCUGAUCCGAAGACGGCGCUAGAAGCCGCCCAGAAGAAGCAGUCCAGGAUCAAUGGCCUAGAUGAAGCAAAACGAAAGGAUAUUGAGGAGAAAGACUUGUGGCUCACUGCGAAGAAGCGUGCACAGGGGGAGAAGGUGCAUGACGAUCCAGCACUGCUGCGGAAAAGCUUGAAACGAACUGAGAAGCUCAAGGCUAAGAGCAAGCAGGAGUGGAAGGAUCGACUUACGAAUGUGCAAACUGGCAAGUUCAUGAAACAGAAGAAGCGGGAACAGAAUUUGCAGAAGCGAAAGGAGGAGAAAGGCGGCAGCAAGGGGAAGAAAACCAAGAAGCCGGGAAAAAAGGUUAAGAGACCUGGGUUUGAGGGAACUUUUAAGGCGAGGUAAACGCGCUUUGGCCUGCUAUUGAUGAAGGGUGAUGGUUGGUAUGGGGCAUUCCACGGUCAUUUUGGCGCAUCGGAAUUGGAAGAAAAUUUGGGAGGGCUCAUUGUGCAUGAUAUGCAUUUCCGGAG